AUGACUAGCCCGAGCCACUCCUCUUUCUACUCGACGCUGGAAGAGGUGGAGGACACCCCUAUCUUCCAUGAACGAGUCGCGUACCUAGAGGGCCAGGCAAAGGUUAUCAAGACAGAGCUGAAAACAUUGAUAACGCAGGCGAAUGCGUUUGCAAAGGCCGGGCUCGAGUACUCGGAGGCCGGAAAAGUCUUUGCGAGCAAGGCGGAGGAGCUGGCAGGAAAGGUGCCGGCGUUGCAGAAUGUUGCGUCGUGUCUGCAUGAGUUCUUCCAACUCAUGAUGGAGAUGAGCAACCAGAUAUCACAGAAGUACACGUUGCCUCUUGAAGAGCUGUGCAAUGAGAUCAAAAAGGCAAAGGACUUGAGGAGCAAGCUGGAUCAGGCUGCGGACAACUUCUACACCUCCCUGUCCAAAAGUCUGUCACUACGCCAAGACGCUGAUAUGAACCUGCAACUUGAAACAGAUCGUGAAGGCAUGAGGCGACGUGGCCUGUACGACCUCAGGAGAGUGGAAUACCUUAGCAAGCUCUCGGACAUUGCUUCUAAGAGGCAUCAGAGCAUUAUCGGCUUCUUCUCCGAGGUUGUGAAUGGGCAAGUGACCUUUCUGGAAAGGGGACACACACUGAUGAACGAGAACGGCCCGUUUGUCAUGGACAUCAAUGCAGACGAAGAUCUGAAGCUGCUGCAUGACCGGCAGCACAUGAGGAUGCAGUUGAUGACUUCGCACAUAGAGGAACAUGAGGCGUUGAAGCCUGCCAUGAACCAACCGGGGAGGGAUGUGAAUAGAGAUGUGAAUAGGAAUUCGAAGUUAGCGUCAGUGUACGAGAUGCGCGGCAUCUUGAGCUACAUGUUGCUGAUCAACACGGCUCAUCAGGGUCACGCAGGCAAGCUAGCGAUGGCAGCGUGGAUGACGGUGAUCCAGAACGCCACAGGAAAAUUGUUGGACGAGCAGGUCCCUCGGUCGGGGACUGUGCUGAACCAGAGCGUCGAAAGGCUGAAAGCGACACCAGGGAACGAGGUCUGUGCGGACUGCGGGGCUGCAAACCCCGAGUGGGCGUCUGUCUCUCUGGGCAUCCUGAUCUGCAUGCAAUGCAGCGGCAUCCACAGAGCCUUGGGCGUUCACAUCUCGCGGGUCCGAUCGCUCACGCUAGACGUAUGGGAAGACUCCUUGCUCGACAUGAUGGCUGCUGUGGGGAACGAGAGGGCAAACUCCGUCUUCCUCUGCAACAUGACAGAAGCGGCCAUCGUGAGCUCUGCCUCAAGAGAGGAGCGCGACGCUUUCAUCCGGCGCAAGUACGUCGAGAAAGCUUUCAUCGGCUUCCGCCAUUCGGACCAGCACAGAAUGAUCCAGGACCUUACUGGGCUCCUCUACAACGCCGUUCGGUCGCAGGACGUUGUCAAGGGAGCGGAUGUGAACGGAGCGAGCAUGGACGAGAACGCUUCUACCUGCCUCAUGCAGGCCGUCAAGUCGGACUUCGUCAUCGGGAUUGAGUUGCUGUGCCAGAAUGGAGCAAACAUAGAUGCUGGCGACCACAAGGGCCGAACUGCUCUGCAUCAUGCUGCUCUACUGGACCUGGGAAGAUGCGCCGAAGUUCUCAUGGCGCACGCAGCGAAUGCAGACAUCAGAGACGAUUACGGAGAGACUGCGUUGGAGAUCGCGGCACAUGCUCCCGGCGCCCUCGCGUUUGAAGCCAUAGUGAGGAGCAAAGGGCUCAAGGUCGGAACCCCAUCCGUGGAGAACGAGGAGCAUCAGUCUCCUCGCAGCGGCUCCCCAAACAGCCCGUCCCAGGAGGCAAUGAAAUCGAUUGCUGAGCUUGACGGCGCAGUAGAGCAGAUCCAGCAACUUCAACUCCCUGGAGGCAGCAGGUGA